AAUAAUGUGUCAGUAAACAAAAUGAGGAAGAAGUCGACAUCACAGCUCAUUUUCACAGUUUCGCCCUUUGACCAGGAUGGGAAACACAAUAAAAUACGAGGAACUGAAAGCUCUUAUAGAAAGCAACAAGGAUCUGGUUCUGAUUGAUGUCCGCUCCGAUGGUGAGGUGGCUGGAGGACGUAUCCCUGGUGCCAUUCACAUUCCCGUUCACACACUAGACGCUGCUCUUAGCAUGAACCCAGAUGAAUUUAAAGACAAGUACGGCGUAUCGAAGCCACCGCUGAAUGCUCCUCACAUUGUGUUUUACUGCCAGUCAGGCGGGCGAUCAAUGAUGGCAACAAGAAAGGCGGUCCAAAAAGGAUAUACCAAUGCACGUAAUUAUGCCGGAGCCUACAGCGAAUGGUCAAGAAAACAAAGGAAUUGAUUUCUUUUUAAGGAGAAGCCUCAUAUUGUGCAUUAUAUUUAUAUACACCACACAAGUUUUACAAAUGUUUUUAUGUCGUUGACACAGAAACUGUAAAAUCUGAAGUCAUAACGCACAAUAAAUUAACAUGGAAUAAAAUGUUUUUUAUUCUUA